GAGACCGUCCAAAAGACCGAACUAGCGAACUAGUCUUCCAAAUGACCGGUCGAAUCCACGGUACGGGUGAUUCUCGAAUUGGAAUCAGCCCGGACCAGAAUGUCCACCCACCGUCCGACGCGACUCUUCAUCUUCUUCUCAGCCCAUCUUGUCAGAUCCCUGACAAAGGCACCCCCCACCAUUUCUCUGCCAUGCUAAUUAAGAUGAAAAAGAUGGGAUUUUCACGUGUCCCCCAUAACCUUGUUGGGUUUGUUCUUCAUUACUUAUUCCAGUGGUGCGUGGGACCCCCUGGAAGGAUCAGAUGGAGGCUCUGAUCAUAUGCAUUUGGUGGAGUGAGAUCUGAGCUUUUUCCAUUAAGGGCUUGUUUGGGCAGUCCUUAAAUUUAUUGGCUCAUGAUUCUAUUGUAGUUGUGAAGGAUUUCUUCUAAAAGCUCAACACUUUCUCUGGGAUCUUAAGAUUCUUGGCAGUGUUGAAGAAACAGAUUUUAGUUGCAAUGUCAUCUUCACCACCAAGUCAGUGUUCUAGCAACACAGCAAGAUCGAAGCACAGGGCCAGGAUCAUUGCACAGACGUCCAUAGAUGCAAAGCUUCAUGCAGAGUUUGAGGAGUCUGGUGAUUCCUUUGAUUACUCGAGCUUAAUCCGGGUCACAAGUGUGAAUAGCAAAGAGCAGAAACCAAGGCCUGACAAUGUAACCACAUCAUAUCUCCAUCAAAUCCAAAAGGCCAAAUUCAUCCAGCCGUUCGGCUGCUUGUUAGCCCUGGAUGAAAAAACCUUCAGAGUCAUAGCAUUCAGCGAGAACGCCCCUGACAUGCUAACUGUGGUCAACCAUGCCGUUCCAAGCAUGGGGGAUCAUCCGGUUCUCGGUAUUGGAACCGAAAUUAGAACCAUUUUAACCGGUCCGAGUGCAACAGCUUUGCAGAAGGCCUUUGGAUUUGGAGAGGUUUCUUUGUUGAAUCCCAUCCUAGUUCACUGCAAAACCUCUGGGAAGCCAUUUUAUGCCAUUGUUCAUAGGGUAACUGGUGGCCUAAUAGUUGACUUUGAGCCUGUGAAACCAUGUGAAGCACCCAUGACUGCUGCAGGAGCUUUGCAAUCAUAUAAGCUUGCAGCAAGAGCCAUUGCACGCUUACAAUCAUUGCCGAGUGGCAACAUGGAGAGGUUGUGUGAUACUAUGGUCCAAGAAGUGUUUGAACUGACGGGUUAUGAUAGGGUGAUGGCUUAUAAGUUUCAUGAUGAUGAUCAUGGUGAAGUUGUUUCUGAGACAACCAAACCUGGCCUUGACCCUUAUCUGGGCUUGCAUUAUCCAGCAACCGAUAUCCCUCAAGCUGCACGGUUUUUGUUCAUGAAGAAUAAGGUCAGAAUGAUCUGUGAUUGCCAAGCAAAACAUGUGAAAGUAGUUCAAGACGAGAAGCUUCCGUUUGAUUUAACACUUUGUGGGUCCACACUUAGGGCACCCCACACUUGUCAUUUACAGUACAUGGUGAACAUGAAGUCGAUAGCGUCACUUGUAAUGGCAGUAGUGAUAAAUGAUGGGGAUGAGGAAGGGGAUAGUAAGAGGAAAAGGUUGUGGGGUUUAGUAGUGUGUCACAACACAACUCCACGGUUUGUUCCUUUUCCACUUAGGUAUGCUUGCGAGUUUCUUGCACAGGUGUUUGCCAUUCAUGUGAACAAGGAAAUAGAAUUGGAAAACCAGAUUGUUGAGAAGAACAUUCUGCGAACCCAAACGCUCCUUUGUGACAUGUUGCUUAGGGAUGCUGCUUUAGGGGUUGUGUCUCAGAGUCCCAACAUGAUGGAUCUUGUCAAGUGCGACGGUGCUGUUUUUCUGUAUAAGAAUAAGAUACAUAGAUUGGGAACCACCCCAUCCGAUUUCCAAUUACACGAUUUAGUCUCUUGGCUUUCGGAGCACCAUAUGGAUUCCACUGGUUUGAGCACAGACAGCUUGUAUGAUGCUGGUUUCUCAGGGGCAGUUUCUCUUGGGGAUGCAAUAUGUGGGAUGGCUUCUGUGAGAAUAUCUGAAAAGGAUUGGCUUUUCUGGUUCCGGUCCCACACCGCGUCCGAAAUCCGUUGGGGAGGUGCAAAACAUGAAAGGAGUGAGGAGGAUGAUGGUAGAAAAAUGCAUCCAAGGUCAUCGUUUAAAGCCUUUCUUGAAGUUGUUAGGACAAGGAGUUUGCCUUGGAAGGACUACGAGAUGGAUGGCAUUCAUUCUCUGCAGCUAAUAAUGAGAAAUGCCUUCUUCAAGGAGGAAGAGGAGGUGGAGGGUUCAAAUGGAAUUGCUAUCCAAACGAAACUGAAUGACCUCAGGGUUGAGGGGGGCAUGGGGGAACUUGAAGCCGUGACGAGUGAGAUGGUUCGCCUGAUUGAGACGGCCUCUGUCCCAAUAUUGGCUGUCGGUGUUGAUGGGCUGGUGAAUGGGUGGAAUCAGAAGAUUGCGGAUUUGACCGGUCUAACCGUUGACGAAGCCAUUGGGAAGAAAUUGCUUACACUUGUGGAAGACUCUUCAGUUCAAACUGUGAAAAAGAUGCUGAGUUUGGCAUUGCAGGGGAAAGAAGAAAAGAAUGUGCAGUUUGAGAUAAAAACGCAUGGGGCAAGAUCAGAAUCUGGCCCGAUCAGCCUAGUCGUGAACGCUUGUGCCAGCAGGGAUGUUCAAGAAACUGUGGUGGGUGUCUGUUUCAUAGCACAGGAUAUAACAGGGCAAAAGACCGUUAUGGACAAGUUCACAAGAAUCGAAGGAGAUUACACUUCCAUUAUCCAAAACCCCAAUCCUUUGAUCCCCCCUAUAUUUGGAACCGACGAGUUCGGUUGGUGCUCCGAAUGGAAUUCAGCAAUGACUAAGCUCUCAGGGUGGCGUCGCGAUGAGGUCAUUGACAAGAUGGUUUUGGGCGAGGUUUUCGGGACCCACAAUGCAUGUUGUAGACUCAAGAACCAAGAGGCUUUUGUGACACUCAGUGUUGUGCUGAACAAUGCUAUAACUGGUCAGGAGUCUGAUAAGACCGCGUUUGGUUUCUUCACAAGGAAUGGGAAACAUGUGGAGUGCUUACUCUCAGUGACCAAAAGAUUGGACAGAGAGGGUUCUUCUGUCACAGGGCUGUUCUGUUUCCUGCAGUUGGCAAGCCAAGAACUGCAACAAGCCCUUCACUUUCAAAGAAUCUCAGAGCAAACUGCGACAAAGAGGUUGAGAGUGUUGGCAUACUUGAGAAAACAGGUCAAAAAUCCUCUUUCUGGGAUCAUGUUCUCUGGAAAGAUGAUGCUUGAAGGGACGACCGGUUUGGGAAAAGACCAGAUGAAGAUAUUGCAUAUUAGUGAUCAGUGUCAGCAGCAGCUCGGUAAAGUUCUUGAUGACACGGAUCUUGAUCGCAUCAUCCAAGGGUAUUUGGAUCUAGAGAUGGUUGAGUUCAAACUUGAUCAAGUGUUGGUUGCUUCAAUCAGUCAAGUGAUGGCAAAGAGCAAUGGGAAAUGUUUGAGGAUAACUAAUGACAUGUGUGAGAGUGUUGUACAUGAAACAUUGUAUGGAGACUCUCUAAGGCUUCAACAAAUCCUUGCCGAAUUUUUGUCAGUAGCCGUGGAUUACACCCCGAGGGGAGGCCAGCUUGAUCUUUCAUCUGCAUUAACCAAAGAUCUUUUGGGAGAAUCCGUUCGUCUUGCCCGUUUGGAAUUACGAGUGAGACACAGCGGGAGGGGGGUGCCGGAAGAGCUGUUGGCCCAAAUGUUUGAAAGCAAUGCUGAUGUGUCAGAGGAGGGAAUUGGGCUUCUUGUAAGCAGAAAACUGGCGAAGCUCAUGAAUGGGGACGUUCAAUACCUCAGGGAGGCCGCCGCCGCCGCCGGGCAUUCCACUUUCAUCAUAUCCCUCCAACUUGGAGUUGCUGAUAAGCUAAACCCCAAUAUUGUAUGAAGCUAUAUGAUUGAUUUUAGGCAUCAAAGAUCUUAGACCUAGUUUGGUAGUAAUAGUAGUUUGUAAUAACAUGUAGUGUGAUUAUGUGAUGCCAAAAAUCACAAAUGUUGUUCUAUAAAUGCAAUGCUACUAAUAAAAUAUGCUCUGCCUU